ACUCACAGGUUAUUCAGCUUCACACUCCUUGCGAUUUGUAUUGAGUGAAGAAAAAAGAAGAGAGGUUCCGUUCUGUAUCUUUGUUGUAGCGGUGAAUUGAUAGCCAUGGCUUCCUCCUCAGCUUCUCCGACACCGGGCACCGCCGCUGGAAACUCGAAGAAAGGGUUAGGGUUUUUGUCUCACGCGGUGAAACGGAAGGACAGUUUCAUUCAAUUCUUCGCAAUGACGGGAAUCCUUCUCCUCAGCAUGCGAUCUUUAGGGCAGAAAUACAAAAUCCACAACCUCCAAGAAGAUAUCCACGUCCUCAGGGACGAGAACGCUUCUCUCUCCGACCGCAUCAAAAACAUCAAGCGCGACCUCCUUCGAGAAGCUUCUCUUGACUCCUCCGGCCUCUUUGCUUCUCGCCUUCGCUGCCUCUUUUCCGCAGAAUGAUUGUCCGUAAGUUUUUGCUACUGUUUUUGAUCUCUCAACAAACAAUUUCAACUGUUACCGUGCUCUCUUGUAACGAAAUUAGACUUGUCAACAAUAAUAGCCUUUGAAGGUGCCUGUUGCUUUUUAGGAAUAUACUGCUAUGCUUGUCCUAUGGUAGUGAUUAUUGUUGAGGAUUUCAAGUGUUUGCUCUUAGAGAUUCAUAUUAAAUACAGUGUACUGUGAGAGUGAAUAAUGAAUAGAAGGGAUAGACGAUUCUUCA